CCACUCACUCAUACUGUCUGUGUUCUUCUCCAGCGACUGAUAGGGACUGACCAUUCCUGUAACAUGAAUGUUUCUCUCGUUUUCAGCGUUGACAAUUGGUUUAUUUGAAUUUUACUGAACCAGUUUUGGACUGCACAGAAACGUUUUUUUCCACUCUAAAGGAUUUUUAGCAUUACAAUUUAUUUUUCGUUCCAAACAAAAAAUUUACUUCAGCAUGGAUUCAACUGUGGAGUAUAGAGAUACCGAUGAUUAUUAUUAUGGUGACAAUGAAACUAUGUGUGACUACUCUGAGUGGGAGCCGUCCUACUCCCUCAUCCCUGUCCUCUACAUGCUCAUCUUCAUCCUGGGCCUGUCUGGGAAUGGAGUGGUCAUCUUCACCGUGUGGAGGUCCAAGUCCAAGCGCCGAGCAGCAGACGUCUACAUAGGCAACUUGGCCCUGGCUGACCUCACCUUUGUGAUCACUUUGCCCCUCUGGGCGGUGUACACUGCAUUGGGCUACCACUGGCCCUUUGGUGUGGCCCUGUGUAAGAUCAGCAGCUAUGUGGUGCUGGUCAACAUGUACGCCAGUGUCUUCUGCCUCACCUGCCUGAGCUUUGACCGUUACCUGGCUAUCGUCCACUCUCUGUCCAGCAGCCGGCUGCGGUCACGGGGCACAAUGCUGGCCUCCCUAGGGGCCAUCUGGCUCCUUUCAGGCCUGCUGGCCGUGCCCACUCUGCUGUUCCGCACCACCAUGGACGACAUCAACAGCAACCGCACCACCUGUGCCAUGGACUUCAGCCUGGUCACCCUGAACGAGAGACAUGAGUCCCUGUGGAUCGCAGGGCUCAGCCUGUCCUCUUCCGCCCUGGGCUUCCUCCUGCCUUUCCUGGCCAUGACCAUCUUCUACUGCUUCAUUGGCUGCACCGUCACACGCCACUUUAACAACCUGCGGAAGGAGGACCAGAAGAAGCGUCGUCUGCUGAAGAUCAUCACCACCCUGGUGGUCGUGUUUGCCAUCUGCUGGACCCCAUUCCACUUGCUGAAGAGCAUGGAUGCCCUCUCCUACCUGAACCUGGCUCCCAGCUCCUGUGGAUUUGAGCGCUUCCUCCUGGUGGCCCACCCUUAUGCUACCUGCCUAGCUUAUGUCAACAGCUGCCUCAACCCCUUCCUGUACGCCUUCUUUGACCUGCGCUUCCGCUCCCAGUGCCUGUGCCUGCUCAACCUGAAGAAGGCCAUGCAUGGACAGAUGAGCUCCAUGUCCUCCACGCUCAGCGCCCAGACACAGAAGUCAGAGGUACAGUCUCUGGCCACCAAAGUGUAAAGAGAGGGGACGGAUAGGUGGAGUGGAACCGCUGGCUGGAUCCCUGUGCCACCACAGGAACACUGACUGGCAAACGCACUUUUGGUGUCCGUAAUGAAAUGCUUUUAAGGUGUAAAAGAGACAAUGGACCAUAUCAGAUGAAUUGACUUUGUUUUCCUGAACAUGGGUUUGCAUAUAUGUUUUCAUUCUUGAGUGUAUGUGCAUUUCUCUCCCAUUUCCAACCCAACUGGUGCUUCACUGGGUAGGGGAGAAUCCCAGGGAGUCCUCGACCCUACAGAGGUUCCCUCUAACCCCUGGACUGGACCCUGAAGCUG